UCAAAGCCAGACAGACCUACAGGUGGACUAAUUCUGUGACUUCAUGAGAGGGGAAUAAUUUUGGGGGGGGACACUUUCAGGCUGCCAUCUACCCAAGUGGAGAUGUCUGAGGAAAAUCUGGGGGAAGAGUCGGGCAGCUCCCCUGUCUCUCCUGUGGACAGCCUGAGCAACAGCGAGGGGGAGUUGGACAGACAGCCGAAGAGAUGUGGGAGGAAGAGGAGAACGAGCAGGAAAAACGGGGAGGACUCAGAUAGCCCGACCCCUGGGAAAAGAGGGAAGAAGUCCAGCAGCAGCAGCCCCCAGUCUUUCGAGGAGCUCCAGUCGCAGCGGGUCAUGGCCAACGUCCGGGAGCGACAGAGGACGCAGUCUCUCAACGAGGCUUUCGCCGCUUUGCGGAAAAUUAUCCCCACUUUGCCCUCGGACAAACUCAGCAAAAUACAGACCCUAAAACUCGCAGCCAGAUACAUCGACUUCCUCUACCAGGUGCUGCAGAGCGACGAGCUGGACUCCAAAAUGGCAAGUUGUAGUUAUGUGGCUCAUGAGAGACUGAGCUACGCCUUCUCUGUAUGGAGGAUGGAGGGCGCUUGGUCCAUGUCAACAUCUCACUAGCACCUGGAGAAAUUAUGCCCUAAAUGGUGACUGCUGAUUCUACGAAUGACAUUCUGACGGGACAAGUCUGGAGUCCAAUGCUGGAUACAUGGGAUCACUCUAUUUAAACCAAAGACGACAGAAACUCUGGGGAACAUUCUGCAGAGCCCAGGGACUUGCAGCCGUGUUUUGUUUGUUUUUUUGUUAGCUCCAAUCACCCCAAUUCUGGUGUGUUUUCAUGUUGUUGACGACGAAUGUUGAAAAAAUCAUGUGUUUUUGUUUUUUUAAGAAAACAAAUGUUUUAAAAUGCAUGCCUUUGGACUUAUUUCUGUGGAGGUCAAAGUGCAUUAUUGAAGCAGUUGUCUCAGUUUUUGGUGUGAGACUGUCAACUGGUGGUGUAGCUCACAUUAUAGGCAGACUGUGUGGAUCUAACCUGUGCAACAAAAAAAUAUUUUCAGAAUACUUUUAUUUAUUUAUUGGUGAAACGUGUUACAAGGAGGAAAAGAUCAUGUGUCUGAAAUACAAAUACAUUCCUAUUUUUUAUUAUCGUUUUUUGUAAAUGUUUGUAAAUGUUUUUGCAUUAAAGAAAAUGACGAUGAAAGUAA